UCUCUUAUCCCUUUUCACCCUGAGGACAAAUCUCUCAUCCCAACCUGGAACACUGCCCUAAAGUGCUCUUUCCAUCUCUUCCGUUCCUCCCUUCCACCCUGCCCAGUGAUUUCAGCCAUUCCAACCUGUGUCACGGUACACCAGUGUCUUGUAUUGUGUUGUCUUGUUUGGCAAUGUCGCCCAGUCAGAAUUGGGGGGUUCAACCAGUAGCCGGAGGACCUUCCCAUCUGUUAGUGUUCACAGCGUCGGCGCUCCCUGUCGCCUACCGAACCCUGCGUCUGCACCUGCACCAGCAGCUGCAAUGCCCCUAAGACCCCAAUCCAUUGCGCAUUUUCCCCCUCGGCCGGGUCCCAACAUGGGGACCUCGCGCUCAACCUCACCACUCCCGCCGAGACCCGUCUCCCUCGCUGUUCCAGUCUCCGGCAAGCCCACGAUAAACAACAACAACAACCACAGGUCGCCCUCACCCUCUCCCUCCUCCAGACCCAAACCAGUCUCGUCGCCGUCGCCACAAGCUCUCGAUUCCGACCAAGAUCCCUUACGAGGCGCCAGAAAAGCAAGGAAACAACCACCUGCGGCAAUUGUGACCACCACCAUCACCCCUUCCGGAGCGCGAACAGCACAUAUCUCGACCUCUUCCCGACCAAACGGAAGCCACCGAUCGAGCACUGUUAUUAGCAGUAGCAGCAAAGCCAGCAACAACAGCAGUAGCAGCACCACCGGAAAGAGCUCCUCCAUCUCAACUCCAACUCCCUCCUCCGCACCACCAGUCGUCCUCGCGUUUGCAGCUGCAUCCUCUUCUGCCGCUGCAUCUCGUGCCGGCGCAGCGACCCCGACUUCCACCUCGUCCCGGAAUUCCAAGGCCCGCGCAAGCCAACAUGGUGCGGCAGCGCACUCGAACCUAAAAUCAGGAAUGGACAGAUCGUCGAACACGCAGUCGCCGACCGUGGCCAGAAUGCCCUACGAUCGGGCAUCAACCACAACCACCCGACAGCCGCAAACGGCCUCCGUCGCAAGAGGCCUCAACAAGGUACCCCUUACCCCAAAGGUCACCACCACAGCCCGAGUCUCGACCGCAUCCACCGUCUCAACCUCCACGACAAGGCGAAGACCCGAGUCGGUAAUAAGCAGCACCCCGAGAACCGCGUCUAGACCAAGCCGUGUCAACAGCACCACUACGACCCCUCUCGGUACUCCCAGUCUCGACCGGAACGACCAGUGGGAUACGCGAUCGAGCUUGUCUAUAACCUCACAAACCACCGACGACCCCCGACGACCCAUCGUUACCUUCAGCCCAGCUUCCGACGUAGGGGGCCCCAGGCAGGAUCCCGACUCAAAAUUCUUCUAUGCCUCCGAGGCGACACCGAGAUCACCAGCCCAAGGGAGACCCCCUGUGCUCCAACCGGCCAAGUCCUCUUCUUUUUUCUACGCAAAUGGAGGCACAAUACCACCAAAGGAGAGCCCGGGUCCGGCCUCCCCUUCCCCAUCCCUAGGAGCGCCGUUCCAGCAACAGGACAAACUCCUGAGCAAGUUUGUUUACGCCAACGGCGCAUCUGACCCGGAGCCUCCGGUGAGAACCCGGUCCAGGCCAUCGUCAGUGGUAUCAACAGCGUCCAGGGCACCUUCGAACAGGCCGCAAAGUGUGCUCUCUCAGACACACUAUGUUAAUAAACCUACAUCACCCAUUAAGCUAACGCCUCAGACAUCCGGAAGGAGUGGGAGUCUAUCGGCUAUGAACUCGCCUCGAUCCCCUGUCUCGACUAGCGCUUCUUUAAACCGAGAGUCCGUGAAGCGCAAGUCCCUGACUGACCAGCCCGGACCGGCGCCUAUUAAUGGGCAAUCAACGAAACGCAAAUCUCUCAACGAACUUCCCUCUCGACCUGCAAGUGGAUCGAUAUCCAGUCGCCCCAGCAGCCUAGUCAUGGCCGAACCACCAGCAGUGGCCAGAGUUAUGACGCCAUAUAGCUCUCGGCCUCCUUCGGAAGCACCAUCGCCUUCUGUUCUAUCCGUACCCGCUCCAUUCAGCUCCUUGUCUGAAAACAUGGCCUCUGGUGGAUUCGCUUCACUUCUCCAGGCUGCGGAGGACUUUGUCGCCGAGGAAGAUGAGGAGGAUGAAGUAGAUGGGGAAGAGAGUGGAGGAGAAGGUAAACCCAGGCGGGGCUCGGCAAGCAGCCCAUCAAAGUCAUCUCCGCAGGACAAGGAGAUAUCAGACCUUGUUGCAAACGCCCGACGGGAGCGGAAGGUCCAGGAUUUGCAGAUUACGAACGCAAGUCUUGAGGCGAUUAACCGCACUCUGGAAAGGCAACUGCGGAAACAGACGGCUGAGCUUCGGGCCUACAAGCGCCUGUCCCGCUCGGGGCGGUUAAGCGUCGGGCCCGCCCUAGUCGCCUCUCCAGCUGACGCCGGGCUUUUGGCCGGGGCCGAUCUGGACGCCCUCAGCGAAGAGGGCAGCGAGCUAGGAGCAGAAGACGGGGAACGGGAUACACUGACGGAGGAGUUGGAAGACGAAGAUGACGAUCUCUCAGGGUCGGAGGAUUCCGCUGACAUGACGCCGGCCACGAAAGCGCUCCGCGAUGCCGAACGACGAGAAAAGGACGAAGAGAGGUUACGGCUGGAUCUAUCCAAGCAUCAGCAGUUGCUGUCAGACAGCCAGAAGAUUAACCAGAGUCUUAAACGGUGUUUGGGCUGGACAGAAGAGCUGAUAAAGGAAGGGAAGCGUGCGCUGGCGUACCAGAUAAAGGCAAGCGACGUCGAGAUUGGUGGGCGGGUCCUUACCCCUGAAGAGGUAGAGGCUCGGGAGGCCCGGGAAAGAGAAGAAGCUGCCGGCGAGGGUGAUACGGAUACCAUCAACGAUAGCAUCAACGAUACCGACCUCGAGGAUGAUGAGAGUAUUUUCACGCCGGAACCCGGCGUUCUCAUGCCGCGACUCGCGGCCAAGUUUAUCAACGAACAGAACGGACAACAGCAGUCCUGGGGGAAACAGACGCAAGAUAGGGACAGCGGAAUUGAGUUACAACCCACGGAUGGCGGGUGAUGGUGCGAACCUCCCAAUGGUCAGACGGUCAAGAAGAUGUCCGACUAUGCCUCGGGAGGCAAAGAGGGAAGAAGACAUGCGCGGCUCAAGAUGACCAAGAAGAACAGCAAUAGACCUGCCGUGCGCGUCGCCCUCUCCACUUA